AUGGCUCCAGGCGACGAAUACUCGGUAGGCGGGGGCGGCAAGCUCAAGCUGAAAGGCUCAAAAGUGAGCGAUGGCCGAGUAGAAAAGAAAAAGAAGAAAUCGAAGAAGAACAAGGACGGCGAAGCGCCGCCGCCAACGACAGCUACUUCGACCUCCACCCCCGGUGAGGAGUCGGCCGUGUCGCCUGCGGCGGCCGACGAAAAAAACGACAGAACCGAGCUAGAAGGGUCGGGGUCUCCAGCGCCUGCUGGCGAGGGUGGCCCGGCGAAGACCGAGGCGGAGAGGAAGCAUGAAGAGGCGAGGCGGAAGAGGCUGCAAGAACGCCUGAAGCGCGAAGGGGUCAAAACGCACAAGGAGCGGGUGGAAGAGCUCAACAAGUAUCUCAGUCGGUUGAGUGAGCACCACGACAUGCCGAAGAUCGGACCGGGUUAG